AUGCCGUCAGAUUUGGCUAAAAAGAAGGCAGCGAAGAAGAAGGAGGCUGCCAAAGCCCGUCAGCGCACCAAGAAACCUGAAGACCUAAAUGAGGAAGGCGGGGAAGGCGAACAACCCGAAACCCAAAGAAACGGCGCAGAGAGCAACGGUGUUGCCAGUCUGACGAAGGAGCUCGAUGAGUUUGAGCUGCGGAAGACGGAGGCGCGGGCGGUGACGGGGGUGCUGGCCUCCCACCCGAACAGCACCGACGUCCACAUCAGCAGCCUGUCGCUCACCUUCCACGGUCAGGAGCUGCUGGCCGACACCAGCCUGGAGCUCAACUCAGGCAGACGUUACGGCCUCAUCGGCCUUAACGGCACAGGGAAAUCCAUGCUGCUGUCAGCCAUUGGGCAUCGUGAGAUUCCCAUUCCGGAGCACAUAGACAUUUACCACUUGACCCGGGAGAUGGCCCCCAGUGAAAAGACGUCUCUCCAGUGUGUGAUGGAAGUGGAUGAAAUGAGGAUAAUGCUUGAGAAGGAGGCAGAGAGGCUAGCUCAUGAAGACUCUGAGUGUGAGAAGCUGAUGGAGCUGUACGAGCGUCUGGAGGAGCUGGAUGCAGACAAAGCUGAGAUGCGCGCCUCUCGAAUCCUCCACGGUUUGGGUUUCACCGCCGCCAUGCAGCAGAAGAAGCUGAAGGACUUCAGUGGAGGGUGGAGGAUGCGUGUGGCCCUGGCCAGAGCUCUGUUCAUCAAGCCCUUCAUGCUGUUGCUGGAUGAACCCACUAACCAUUUGGACCUGGAUGCCUGUGUGUGGCUGGAGGAGGAGCUCAAAUCAUUCAAGCGAAUCCUUGUGCUCAUCUCGCACUCUCAAGACUUCCUGAAUGGUGUGUGCACCAACAUAAUCCACCUUCAUCAGAGGAAACUGAAAUACUACACGGGUAACUAUGACCAGUAUGUGAAGACCAGAGAGGAGCUGGAAGAAAACCAGAUGAAGCGCUUCAACUGGGAGCAGGACCAGAUAACACACAUGAAGAAUUACAUUGCCAGGUUUGGUCACGGCUCUGCAAAGCUGGCCCGACAAGCACAGAGCAAAGAGAAGACGCUGCAGAAGAUGGUGGCGUCGGGCUUGACUGAAAAAGUCGUGAAUGACAAGACUCUGUCAUUUUAUUUUCCUCCCUGUGGGAAGAUUCCUCCUCCUGUUAUCAUGGUUCAGAAUGUGAGCUUUAAGUACAGUGACAACACGCCACACAUUUAUAAAAACCUGGAGUUUGGUAUCGACUUGGAUACUCGGGUUGCUCUGGUGGGACCCAACGGAGCGGGCAAAUCCACCCUGCUGAAACUGCUCAUGGGAGAGCUGCUCCCCACUGACGGCAUGAUUCGCAAACAUUCUCACGUAAAGAUUGGCAGAUAUCACCAGCAUCUAACAGAGCAGCUGGAGCUGGACCUGUCUCCUCUGGAGUACAUGAUGAAGUGCUACCCUGAGAUCAAAGAGAAGGAGGAGAUGAGGAAGAUCAUCGGUCGCUACGGCCUGACAGGAAAACAGCAGCGGCUGAGUAACAGAAAUGACGCCCACCAGGUCAGUCCGAUCCGGAACCUGUCCGACGGUCAGAAGUGCCGGGUGUGUUUUGCCUGGCUGGCCUGGCAGAACCCUCACAUGCUGUUCCUGGACGAGCCGACCAACCACCUGGACAUCGAGACCAUCGACGCUCUGGCCGACGCCGUCAACGAGUUUGACGGCGGCAUGAUGCUGGUCAGCCACGACUUCAGGCUAAUCCAGCAGAGGGACACGAACCCAAAAGCGGCCGUCCUCACUUUUCUAAUCAUCUCACCUCUCCAUCCCCAGGUGGCUCAGGAGAUCUGGGUGUGUGAGAACCAAACCAUCACAAAGUGGAGUAAGGACAUCCUGGCGUACAAGGAGCACUUGAAAACAAAGAUUGAAAAACAAGCACACGACAUCUAA